UCUCGCAAUGUGCUAUCACGUGGUUAUUCUAGUGCGGUUUUUUUUCCUGGUGAGGUUGGUUCGUAAACAAAUUUUGCCUUCGUGACUUUGUAUAUGUGCUUGCUAUCACCGUGCGUGAAUUGCCCCAACUAGAACUCGAAUGCGACUAGUAAAGGAAGACUUACUGGCUUGGACUCUCCCAUGCGACGACAAGGGCAGGCAGAUCCAUUUGUGCUGACGGUGUGAUGUUUCCUCACCGCAGAAUGCCGUGCCACAUCACCAUUCUCUAUGUAUACAGCAUCAUCAGCCUCACGGCACUUUUCCAUGCAACACUGGUUGCGGCAGAGAUUGUUGCCAUUCCUCACAGUAACUCCACACCAGGGAUAAAACACUUCUUUGAUCAAGAGCUGAGUUUCUCGGCUAUGGUGCCUGAUGAAGGAGUGCCUGGCUUGCUAACCAUAGCAUCACCUUUAGCAGCAUGUCAACCAAUUGCCCCUCCACCAUUUCCAUCCAAUGACAGUUUUGCCUGGUUCGUCCUGAUUGCCAGGUUUGAGUGCGGGCUCUCGGACAAAGCACGUUUUGCCCAAGAAGCAGGUUAUGAUGUGGCUGUGAUUUAUGACCGUAAAACGCACAAUAGUGGCCCCUUCGAUACCCACAUUACGCCAGAACCCAAGUACUACCCUAUCAGAGGAAAUGGCUUGAAGGACACAGAUGACCUUAAUAUUUAUGCUGUUAUUGUUAGUGAAGAAACUGGGAUUCGGCUCAAGCGGUAUACUUACAAAGACGAUUAUGAGGUGAAGCUUUACCCCGAGAGCUUCCAGAGCAUAUUCAGCUACCUGCUGCCCUUCCUAGCAAUUGUUGGGGUCUGCAUUAUUGGACUCCUAGGAUUUGUGUGGUAUGGUGGGUUGCCGCAGUUGGUACGCUGCAUUCGAGACUGGCGCAAGAAGAGGAAGUCCCGCCUGUCCCGCAAGUUUCUUAGGCAGCUGCCCACCACCAAGUACAAGAAGGGAGACAUAUAUGAGACAUGCGCCAUCUGCCUCGAGGAUUACGUUGAAGGGGACAAGCUGCGCAUUUUGCCUUGUGCACAUGCAUACCACUGCAAGUGCAUCAAGCCAUGGCUGCUGCACAACAGGCGUACAUGCCCCAUCUGCAAGCGCAAGGUGAUCCUUCCAGGCAUGAACCCCGACUCUGACUCAGAAACCGAAGACGAAGGGGCCAAUGCCACAGAGCGUACACCACUGCUAGCGGGCUCUGGUGGUGGUGGCGGUGGAACUUUCGGUGGCACGUCUCCACUGUUGCGCCAGCCAACAGAGGCUGCGGCCACAAUGCGGGGCUCCUCUAACUGCCCUAUUCUACACACGGCGAGCUUCCACCAAGAAGACAGUGGCAUGCCAACUAGUAGCUCGUGCCCAACACAUGUUAGCACGGCACACUCCCUAAACCGGGAUGUCGACAGCAGCAGCAACAUCAGCAGCGGUGCUGAAGAUGAAGUGCAGGUCAGGCCUGGCCGUUCUGCAAGUACACAAGGGGAAAGCCAGCACCACUUGCGGUUGUAGUGUAUAAAGUGCAAGGAUAGGAGUUACCUUUUGCAGGCAGGGCAAUUUCCAUGCUCCUCAGUAGUUUUAUACCUUCUGAAGUGUGCAUUUCUCACGCAACAAUAAUUGCCUUCAUUCUCGCGGGCAUUUCAUGUGCCUGAAUUUCGGGCUAGCUGGUACAGUUGCUUGUUGGUGGUUCAAAGAUGGUGCAGAUGCCAGCUUGUCGUGUGGCCUAGUUGCUUGCGUUUGCGGCUUCCUUGUGCCAUAGUUUUGCGACAAGCAUUACUUCGUGUGCAGUGCUUUGCCUGUCACUAAGACUUAGAUGGGGAUGGCGAUAUUUAUGAAAAUGUGGCAUGCACCACGUGCCAUGGGAAGGAAGUGUAGGAUUGAAAUUACAUUGGUUGUUGCGGGAUGAAAGUGCACACCAUAAGGUUUAAAAUCAUGACUGCAGGGAGCAUGUAGAAUUCUCAAACCAACCUGGUAGCGGUACGCUAAUAUAUGAGGUCUGUAUCUGUAUAGCUGUCUGCGCACUUGUUUUAGCGGACACAGAAAGAACCUGGGCUACACAACAUGUGAGGCUGGUGUCAUUUUAAUGUUCUUUUUUAUUGUGCUAGCCAUUUUGCAGUCAUUCAGGUUGUGGAAAUACAUGUGUGUUCUCCACAGCCAACACUACAAUCCCCCCCCCCCCCAAGUCCCAUUUGGCACCUUUUCAACCUGCUGCACUGCUCUUGUGUGGUGGGAGUCUAGAGGUAAUCUCGUGAAGCAGUCUGUAUGCCAGUUAUUAAUACUAAUCCUAGUUAGCCUUUGGAAAUGGCAGGAGGCAGGUGUUCUGAAUAUUGCUGUUAAAGCAUUGCAUAAGUACUUGCAGUGCAGUUAAGGUUAGCAAUAUCUUGCAACAAUGCCAUUUGCUUCAUCUGUACUUGUAGCAUGCGACAGGUAUUUGCUGCACUGAGUGGCGUGUGCAAACACUUGACAUUUACUCUCGGCAGACUUUUUUUUUUUUUGUGAUGCAGUGUUGAAAGGCAAUAAUAGAGGGUGUAUGGGGCAAUUUCAGAAAUGAAUUGGCUUAGUGGAAGCCUCAGUCUGCAAGCUCACAGCUGUGUUAGGUGAUUAACUUUGUAACUAUCUUCCCACUGGAGUUGGAAAUGUGCAUGGUGUGUAACGUAAUGGGCACCCAUGGUAUUGACGGGUCUAAAGAUAACCGAUCUGGAACAAGUGACGCACUCCGUGUGUGUGCGUCAUGCUGCCUUUAUUGUUGUAGCACCUGGAGUCUCUUAAGCUAGUAGAUUCUUGACCGUACAAGAGCUUGCACUGUCAGCUUGUGUUGUGUGAUCUGCAAGGGUUUCUACUGGUGUGUAAAGUUGCCAAGGUUCUUUUGUUUGAACUGAACCGUGCGUUUGAGAGCAAAAUGUCACAUUUCUAGUAGCUGUUGUAUGUGAUAUACGGUGUAUAUUGAGGCCAUUGUUUUUGUGGCAACAUUAUGUGUGUGUGAUUGUAAUAUUUGUCAUCAGUUUUGUUUCUGCUUUCAGUAACUCGCACACUAAUGAUAGGCAUCAAAGUAGUUAGGUUACUCCUGGUAGUUCUGAGGUGAUGGGGAAUUUUGUUGCGAACUUCAUCCUUUGGUGUGUCAUUUAUGGCCUACUAGCAUGUUUGCUGUGUGUGCUAGUGCAGAAACUUGCACAUUGUGAGCGGUAAUUUUGCGCAUUCAUUCAUAAUUCAUUGUCUGUAUAUCUCUCUUUUUUGUGCAAACAUCCAGCAGCCAGUUGUGUGAUGAUUUUUAAUAUAUUGUGAAGUGAUGAUGGGAGCAAAUAUAUUGCCCAAGACAUGUACUGCGCUGCCAGUAAAUUUGUCGCGUGGGCAUCUGUGUCACUUCAUUUGUCUGUAGAUUUUGCUUAUAAAAAGCAGCAACAAUGUUGACUUUGCAGCCUUUAUGAGAUGCAUCGCUUCUUAGUGGCACCAGCACUGCAUAUUGCUGGCAAGUGCAAUUUUACUCCUUGUGAUCAGUGGUGUUUCAUUUUAGCUUUGUUAAGAUUAUAUUUCUUUUGUUUGUGUGUAGUUUUUCAAAGCAACUGUAAUCUGCAAAGUCUUAGCUUUACUUUGCAGAACAUGAUGUCCCUCCAACAAUUAGGCAUCCGCAGUGUAACCUUGCACACCUGUGCGUAUUUUGGAAUACUGACUGACGACCCCGUCGUAUCCUUCGGGAGUUUGUGUAUAUACAGCUGCAACUUGCUUAGACAGUAGUGUGUUAGGAGAACUCUAUCGAAGUAGAGCAUUUGCUACCAUUUCACAUGCCACUUCAGCGAUUGUGUCGCACCACUGUGCGAACUGCAAUACAUGUUUUCCAUUGCUUGUCCCAAGUGGCCUCUGCAGCCACAAUGGUUCUCUGAUGAUUGCUAGGCAAAUCAAGUGUGAAUGAAGAGCUUAAAGGUAUUGCUGUAAUGGCAGCUUGCUUGAUUAAUAACGCCAAAGCUCAUAAUUUUUUCUCCCAUCUUUCGUUGAGUAUUUUUAAACAUAAUAGUGUGAUUUAGCCUGAAGUAUACUGCGUUGCGAGAGAAACAGACAGGUAGAGCAGCAUUGCUGGAGAUGUGACACACUCGUUCAACCACAGCACGUUGUAAACAUCCUUGUGCUACUACGUAUGUGAAAACAAAGAGCAGAUGAGUAGUUGCUUGUUGUGGUGAGGAUUUGGUUGGAACUCAUUGCCUCGAGACGAUUCUAGAGAUACUGUCACUGUCUGUGUAUCCCGUAUUGUGUUGUACUGUUGGCUGAUACUCUCCAACGAGUGCUUUUUUUUAAUCUGCAGCCUUGUCCGACUACCUUCUUGUCUCUUGGGAGUGUCUUGAUUUUGGGCUGCAUGUGAAGUGGUGCUGCAUUGCUUUGUUACUAGAGUAGACUCUGCUGUGUACAAUGUGUUUUGUAUAAUGCACAAACUUUUUUUUUUUUCUUGUGGGGCUCCUUUACCGAUAUUGGCGCUAGUCAUUGCUCUUUCUGACAGGCCCUAAGUAGAAAAAAAGUCAUGCUGAUAAACUAGCUGCCCUCUUGGCUGAUUAACAAUGCAUGGUAUUUCUCUUGGGGUGCAUUCUUGAAGCUUGAAACGAGUACCACAGUUGUUUUUCCAGAACAUGAAAAUAAAUGUUUAUUUAAAUUA